UAAUAUGGUUAUGUUUUAGUUUUACGAUUCUCCAAACCUUCGAAGGUGUUUACAUUUUUACAGACGUUUCUGUUUCUAAAUUUCUUGAUUUGAAGAUGUUAAUUACAAUGAUCAACUAAGAGAAGAACCAAAAACCAUUGUUUUUACUAGAAGACAGUGAUAUAUUUGGUAAAAUGGAGGCAAAAGCAGAAACUGAAAGUUCGCAGGGCGUAGAAACAAAUAAGACUACAUUUAAGAAACCAAUUUUAAUAGGUAAAAUUGGACGUUUACCUAGAAAAAUGUUGACUUCUAAUACAGCUUCACCCAACACUACCGACAAAUGUGAAAUUAAAGUACAGAGUAGCGAACCUGCUUUAGAAACAAUUGAAAACUCUCUAAGUGAACAAUUAGUAGAUCCCGAGCAAAGUCCAGAGCCUACUUCAAAACCGUUAAAAUCGCCUGCCGAACAAUUAUGUGAAAAUGCCCAGGCACUUCCUUACAAAGAACCAUCUUGGUCUGGUUUACCGCAACAAUCAGACAAAGAUUAUACUUUUGAAGUUUUGAAAUCAGGUGUCAUAGUUGAACAAAUUAAUCUGAUGAAAAAACCAUUCUGGGUGUUUGGCAGAUCUGUUAAUUGCGACAUCUAUAUGGCUCAUCCUACAAUUUCCAGGUAUCAUGCCGUUUUACAAUAUAGGGCUGUAGCAACUGAAAAAGAUACUGCAGGAUUUUAUAUUUAUGAUUUAAAUAGCACCCAUGGCACCUUUCUAAAUAAAAGAAAACUGAAACCUAAAAUGUAUGCUCCAGUUAAAGUGGGUCAUAUGUUGAAACUAGGCUUCAGUACCCGAAGUUAUGUUUUGUCAGGUCCUGAUGAGGAUAAGGAGGAAGAAUCCGCAUUGUCCUUAACCGAAUUAAAACGGCAACGAGCGGAGAAACUGUUGAAAGAAGAAAUGGACUUGAAGCAGGCAAUACUAAAAGAGGAACAAGAUAAAGAAGAACGGCGCAAACGGUACGAAGAGCGAGGCGUCGACUGGGGUUUGGGUGAUGACGCGGACGAGGAAUCGGAUAUUUCGGAAAAUCCUUUCGCCCAAACCAAUAACGAAGAGUUGUAUAUUGACGACCCCAAAAAAGCGUUAAGGGGUUUUAUGGAAAGAGAAGGGUAUAGUUUAGAAUAUGACUGUACAGAGCAAGGUUUUGGACAGUUUCUAUGUAAAGUAGAAUUACCGUUGGAUGAUGAUAAUGGGCAUCGAAUUGUGGCUGAGGUUUUACAUAAAGGCAAGAAGAAAGAAGCUGUGGUUCAGUGUGCAUUGGAAGCAUGUAGAAUUUUAGAUCGUUAUGGUGUUCUUCGUCAGGCCACUCAUGAAUCACGCAAGCGUAAAGCAAGAAAUUGGGAAGAGAACGAUUACUACGACAGUGACGAUGACACCUUUCUAGAUCGCACUGGCGCAGUUGAGAAAAAACGGGAGAAGAGAAUGAAUGCGAAAAUUCCCCAGCAACCGGAAACUUAUCAAAGUUUACUUACCAAAGAAAAAAGUAUUAAUUCACAGAUAAAACAAAUUGAGAAACAGCUUGCAGCUGCUCGAAGCAAGUCUGCUACAUCUGAGGAAGCUGAUGAAGAUUCUCUUGACGUAUUCAUGAAAGGAUUGAAAGAGACCAAACUCGACAAGCAAAUGAUAAGCAAAUUGAAAUCAGAUUUGGCAGCGCUCAAAGUUGAACAUGUUAAUGUAGUAAAACUAGUAAAUUUGGUGAAACCCGCCGAUCUUCCUCCUUUAGUACCACAAUACGAAGAAAGUACAGACCAAGCAGCAACCACUUCUGUAGCGAAACCUAAAUUACCAAUUUUCGGUAAACGAAAAAAGAUUAAAGUUGAGACUCCACAAAAGUCUACUGAUAAAGGAAAUAGCGGUGAUGAAGAAGAAGACGGUGAUGACGAUACUCAGGGUGUAGAUUCUCAAUCCCAACCCAAUGUAGUGUCUAAUGUAGCUGCGGAAACUGUGGGAGAUAUACAAGAGUGUAAAUCGGAUGCAGAAGCUCCAGCUUAUAUUAGGAUUUAUAGGAGAGUAACAAAAUUAGAAGCAUCUCUCCGAACUAAGUCCUUUCCCCCUACUGUUAGUAAAUAUAUUUCUCAAAUAUCUGAAGUUUUAUCAGAAAUUAAAACAGUUACAGAGCAAAGUGGACUGAUCCAAACAGACAAAAAUUUGAUUAUGGCAAAAAAUCGUAAAGUGAUAAAGCAUAUCGAUGAUUUACUAGAAUCUUACGAUGAAGAUCAACUUUCAAAAAUCGGCAAAGAAAUCAAAAGGCUUUAUUUAGAAAUCAAGAGUACAGCCAAAAUGGAAGACAAAGUAUUCUCACAGUUUAGUGUUUUAGAAAAAAAAGUUAAUGCCAUAAGUAAGGAAAUUAUUAAUCAAAUAAACGAAUAUAAGGAGAAGAGUGCGAAAACUGCGUCAUAUAUAAAUGAAGCUACUACAACUGAUGAAAUGCAAAAUUCCGAAGACGCAGAGGAUGGUGGAAACGCAUUGACAGCUGAAGAACUAGAAAGACGUAAAAGGAAAAAUCAGAAACGUAACCAAAAUAGGAAAGAAAAAAGUGAAAUUGAGAAGCAAAGAGGUUAUAAGGAAGAUGCUCAGAAAGAGGAUUAUAAUAUGUGGGUGCCUCCAGAUAAUCAAACUGGUGAUGGGAGAACUAAAUUAAAUGAAAAGUAUGGUUACUAAAUUGUAUUUAUUUGCUUUUUUUGUUUUUCCAUUUAGGUAUAUUAAGUUUUCUAUGUAAAAUAAAUAAUAACCAUUUGUUGA